AUGGAGGUUGGCAGAGGACCUGAGUGCACAUCACUUGGUGACCCUAAGUACUCCAUUUGCCAGCUCUCACUGAAAGGCUUGCCAAGUGAGGUUUAUGAGAUGAAGUGGGAUUUGAUAAUGGUGGAUGCUCCGACGGGGUACUAUGAAGAGGCACCGGGGAGGAUGAGUGCCAUAUACACAGCAGGGAUGAUGACGAGGAACAGAGAGGAAGGAGCAGAGACUGAUGUGUUUGUGCAUGAUGUGAAUAGAGAGGUUGAAGAUAGGUUUUCAAUGGAGUUUCUUUGUGAAAAGUACAUGAAGAAGCAAGAAGGAAGAUUAAGGCAUUUCAUCAUUCCUAGUCAUAGAGAUGGCUCCGCCACCACCAAGCCAUUCUGUCCAUGA